GGAAUUUCAAACGUCGCACUGCCGCCAACUGGUGAAUUGAGGUUAUGUUUGUACAUAAAAUGUCAAAAUGUUUGAAAAUAAUGAGGAUUUUGACUUUAAUGAUGACGAUAACAGUUUUAAUAAUGAUAAAAUAGACGAGAUUUUGAGUAAGACUGAAAAAAAUGUAUGUGGAAAUUUGGGUGAUACAAGUUUAAACAAGUGUAAAGUGAUAAAAAGGAAAUUUCCAGGCCCUGCAGGGUUAUUACCAGACCGAAAAAAGUCUAGUAGAAUAUUUGAAGAUAUACCAGACGAAAAUUUAGAUGAUAAUGAGUCAAAUGUAUUUGUAUGUUCCCAAAUGCCUCAAAAUAAAUUUAAUGAGGAGCCGUGGAUGAAAAUGUUGGAAGAUUUUGAUGAUUAUCAAUUUUUACUGGAUAAAUAUACAAUACAUUGGAUAAAAAGUCAAACACGAUGUAAAAAAUUGUAUAAUCAAAAAGUACCAUUUUUGGUGGCUGUUAUAGAAAAUUUGGAGGUUACAAAUGCUAAAAUACCCACUAUUAACAUAACUUUGAAGGAUAAAUCUGGUUCAAUUCAAGGCACAAUUUUGAAUAAUCUCUAUGAGGAAUAUUCAGAUUUUCUUACUGUAGGGUCUGUGGUGAUUUUAAAACAAUUUGGAGUCCUCACAACAGGAGAAAAUAACAAUUAUUUGACCAUAACCACAAAUAAUUUACUUACGAUAUAUUCCAUGGAAAUGGCCAAAUCUUUGGAUGAUUUACACGAAAAAUCACUUGGGGUGAAAAAAAUUGUUGUUAAUGAAGUGAGUUGUGAAGAAAUUCUGAGAAAUGUUAAAGAAAUUAGUGAAAAACACAAAAAAAUUAUUAAACCAAAUUUAUCAAAAUUAAAAGUUAAUAGUUUCACAAAUUUAAACCAAAUUAAAACUGUGGAAACAACAAAAAAAGAAAAAUCCAUUUUUGAUGAAAACUGUGAUUUUUUUGAUGAUGAUUUCAACAUCCCAGAUAAUUUUGAAGAGGUUGCCUUAAGUCAAAUUAGCACCAAGUCCACAGAAAAAAUUGAAAAAAAUAAAAAAUCCGAUAUCAUAAAAAAUAUAUUUGAAGGGAUAAAUACUGAUGAUAUUUUCGACGAUUUUUGAGUUUAUAUUAUUUUUUAUACUGUUUUUUGUUAAUAAAAAUAUUUUUGUAUUUUUUGUUCUUUUAAUCCAUAGAGAGGUUCUUAAAAUAAAAAAACAAUGUGUAUAAAAGUUUAUUAUUUUAUUUAUUCAAAGAAAAUUAAAUAAUAAUAAGUAACAAAUAAUUAGUACUUUAACUAUCACAGAAAUAUUAUUUUUAGCAAAUAGACACCAAAAACAAUAUGUGAAACAAAGAAAGGAAAAAACGUACAAAAUUUUUUAGUUAUACCUACAUAUUUAUGUUAAAUAGCUGAGUUAAUAUAUAAAUAAAUUUACUAUACAGGGUGACCUUCACAAUUUUAUGUUUAAUUUGAGAGAAAGCAAAAAAUAGCGAUUAAUUUAGAUGUAUUGUGUGGAACCCUGGUUAGAAUGGCCCUAUUAUUUUGUUAUUAAAUUGAUUGAAGACUCCUCGCACAUAUAUCGCGUUAUUUCCAAAACGGUUGGUAUUACGUAAAAAAUGCAUUUUAUAUUUUUUGUAGAGAAUUUUACGGGGUACAUUUUAUGUAUACUACAUUUUGACCUCCGAUGUAAAAUAAGCGAGAUAUACGCGAAAGAAGAUCUUCGAACCAAAAAAAUUAACGGGGUUAGAUUUGAACCCUUAACAAUCGGAAGCGUUAAAAUCUACCCCGGAAUUGUUGGUGCUUGAAUUGGGGGUGGUAUUUGGGGUGCCCUUUUUGGCCCCCCUUGCCAGUCUAUCCAACUCUGCUGCCGCAUCUGAUCUCAUAGAGUUUUUGUCUGUUAAAGACUCGUUUCCGGGUAGUUUUGAGUUGUUUAAGGAGUUUCCGGGUGUACCGGUUUUUUUGUGGAGGAGGGAGUUGAAGAAAUUCGCUAAUACACCCUCCCCUCCAGGGGAACUUACCACUUUUGAC